AUGAUAAGUUAUCACCUUCCAUUAGGGGAAUCUAAUCUUGUAGAAAUGGGUCAUAUUUGGGCAAAAGCUUUUACAAAAAUGCCGAUGCUUUGA